AUGGCGUCGAGGAACCAGUUCGAGGGGUUCGCGCCGCCGCGGUCGACGCUUCAACGGUACAUCUACAAUGCCUGCGACCCGGUAGCCAACCUCGAACCCAAUCUGGCGUUGAACCUCGAGAUCGUCGACUUGAUCAACUCCAAGAAGGGCAACGCGCCUCGCGAGGCUGCCAUGACUAUUGUCCAACUCAUCAAUCACCGGAACCCGAACGUGGCCAUGCUGGCUCUAUCAUUGCUAGAUAUCUGUGUCAAGAACUGCGGCUAUCCGUUCCAUCUACAGAUCAGUACCAAGGAAUUUCUCAACGAACUCGUCCGCCGAUUCCCCGAACGACCUCCCAUACGUCCGAGCCGUGUGCAGGGCAAGAUCUUGGAAGCUAUUGAAGAGUGGCGGCAGACAAUAUGUCAAACCUCAAGAUAUAAGGACGACCUGGGCUUCAUACGAGAUAUGCAUCGGCUCCUGCUGUACAAGGGCUAUAUGUUUCCGGAGAUACGCAGGGAAGAUGCGGCAGUGCUGAACCCGAGCGAUAAUCUCCAGUCUCCCGAGGAGAUGGAAGCGGAAGAUCGGGCGGCACAAUCGGCUAAACUUCAAGAGUUGAUCCGGCGUGGACGACCACAGGAUCUCCAGGAAGCAAACCGCCUGAUGAAGGUUAUGGCCGGCUACGACACAAGACAUAAAACGGACUAUCGAGCAAAAGCAGCCGAAGAGGUUGCGAAAGUACAACAGAAAGCCAAGAUCCUGGAGGAUAUGCUCCAGAGCCACAGGGAAGGCGCCAAAUUCGCAGAUGGAGAUGUUUUCGAGGAACUCGCAGCAGCGCUCCGGAGCGCGCAUCCCAAGAUCCAGAAGAUGUGCGAGGAAGAGUCUGACGACGCCGAAGCAGUCGCGAAACUGCUGGAAAUCAACGACAGUAUACACCGGACAAUAGAGAGGUACAAAUUGAUGAAGGCGGGCAAUGUCGAUGCGGCCAACCAGAUCGCGAAGGGCACAUUGGGUACAACGACAGGAGUUGGCAAAAACUCCGCCAACGAAUUGUCCUUGAUCGAUUUCGACCCAGACCCGCCCGCGCCGACUGCACCGGCUGUGGCAGAUACCAAUGGUUCCCUCCUCGAUACAGGCGCCAGUGCCUCGACACAAGCCGCGCCGAAGACCGUAGAAGACGAUUUAUUGGGACUCUCCUUGUCAGAUCCCAGUCCCGCACCCCUUGGAUCGAUUUUCCUGGGCCCAGGAGCGACAACCGGGGCACCGGCAAGCAGCAGCUUUUCCAACACCCUCAAUUUUACACCAAGCCAGCCUCCUGCGCCUCACCCAGCGGUUUCACCCAAACCAAACUAUGAUGCCUUUGCAUCGCUUACCAGCGCGUUACCGGCCUCCAAACCGGCAACUCCCAUACCGGCUGCACCGCAAGUUCGACAAGCUAGUCAAACACAUGGCGAUCCCUUCGCCGCUCUUGUAGCCUCGAGUUCACGGCCAUCGACCCCACGACAGGUGCAACCACCGCAGCCCGCAUCACAGGCGUCCACGGUACCGCAACAUCAGACUUUUUCUCAACCGGCCGAAGAUGACUGGAUGUUUGAGUCGUCAUUGCCUGAGACCAAGGUGGUGAAAGUACUUUCGUCAGCGGUGGAGAUUGACUUUGAACCGCGACGGCCGGCAGGACAGUCAGUUAUCCAGAUCACAGCACGUUUUUCAAAUACCACCGACCAACCCAUUACUGGCCUGCAUUUCUAUGUCGCUGUGGAGAAGAGCUACACCUUGGAGCUGAAGCCACAGAGUGGACGCAACAUGCGACCCAAGUCACGACACGCCAUUCAUCAAGAAAUCAUCCUCAAUGGAGUACCAGUAGGGAAAGGCAGUACAGUCAAGAUGCGGUUCAAAGUGUCCUACGAACUCAAUGGGCAGGCGCGGGAAGACCAGGGCCAUGUACCUUCGUUGAGCAUCAGUUAG